GCCCUGGGAACCCUGGGAUACCCACAUGUAGUGUCUGUCAUCCAUAUUUCCUUCGUUCCUUUCCGUAACUUUUGUACUUUCUUAUUUUUUGCGCAAACUUUAAACCUAGCUUUGAAAAUGACGUCGAUGACCAACGGAGGAACAGUUCCCAUGCGAGACGCAGAUGCAAUUAAGUUGUUUAUUGGGCAGGUCCCGAGAACUUGGGAUGACAAAGAUCUUAGACCAUACUUCGAAAGCUUUGGACAAAUACACGAACUGACCAUUUUACGAGACAGAUUAACGCGGAACCAUAAAGGUAAUAAUCUUGGUUGAUCGUCGAUUUUCGGUACUCUUUCGCAGUGUCUUAUUUUUCUUGCUUUUUAGGUUGUGCGUUUCUUACGUUUUGUUCUCGCGAAUCUGCGAUUGCUGCACAAAAGGAAUUACACGAAAAGAAAAUAUUGCCCGGGGUAAGAUAAUUAAAAAUGUUUACUUGCUGCUAGGUGUAUUAAACAUUUAACGUUAAAACUUUUGCUCAUGACAUUAAAUGUUAUUGUUUUUGUGUUUAUUCCGUGUUUGUAGAUUGAAAGAAAUUUCCUUCCAAAGUCAAACACAGGCUAUUUUCUCUUCCCUCGUUGUUGGCAGCGAAUAUGAAGGAGCAUGAUAUUUAUUUUUUUUAAAUAUUAUAUUUAUUAUUUUUUCAUGUAGUGGGUAAAAUAUAACAUAAUAACAAUUAAUCUUCUUAGAUUCUCAAUAUAAACUAAUUGAUUAAGACCUUGAUGAUCAGUACGGCACUAUUUUGUGUGGAUAAGAUGAUGUCGUUGUCAGGAACACAUCGACAAACUAUAUAUUAAGAUCAGAAGAUGUCAAGUUCAUGAUAUUUUCCGUUGUUGCUACAAUGUUUAAAGGUGUUGUGUGGAAAAUGUCAGAUCAUGCGAUUUAUUUUAUGACAAAAUAAGAUGAAGCUUAUUCAGCGUAUUCCUCAGUCCCUAGUUUACUGUGGUCAGUUUAAUUGAGCAUUAUAAUUUUAAAUUAGACUGUAAAGGAAGGCUCCUACUCCCUGCUUAUGUUAAUGAAAAUGCAUUCUACACAUCACAGAAGUCAAAUAAUCAGAAUUAUUUGUGCAUGGUUUGUGGCUGUAUGGGAAGGGGGUUAAACAGCCAAAAGGAAUUUUUAAAAACUGUGCAAUUUGAAGAGAUAAUUACAUGUAUUUUGCUUCAAUUAGUACCUGUUAAAAAUUUAUAUAUCAUAGAGUUUUAUUUACUUUAUUAUAACUGAAAAUGGAUGGUUAUGCCUAAUAUUAUUUCAUCUCAUUGAAAAAGUACUCGUUCCAGUGUUCAUACUACAUUGCACUUUUUUUCAGUGGAUUAACUAGUUGCUACUUUGCAAGUAAACAACUAUCCAUUAUCUUUUUAACUGACACAUUCCAUGUUGCCAUGCAUCUAUUAAGUAAGUUUAAUUGAACUACAUCUGUCCGAGAGAGUGGCCCUCUGUUACACACGGCAGUAAAUAUGCAGUAUGAAAAUAACCCAAGCAGGAGGGGUACUCCCUCAUAUAAGCCAAAUAGGUAUGUGCCACCCUAAAGGGUAGGGUUUUUGGCCUUUUUGGUCUGAAAAUGGGUGUAGACCUGCCCAUUUUUGUCUGGAAUCGUGUAUCAUUUUCGAAGGAACUACGGAAGCGGAUGAAUGUAUUUAUCGUUUCAAUUCCAAAUGAAUAAGAAUGAAAUUGGAAAUAUAUGCGAAUUUGAAAAGCAAUUUGGAAGAAGUUUUUUGUUUGCAUUCUAAUCUAAGUAGCGAUGACAUGAUCUCUGCCUAAAGGCCAGUUCUGAAAACGGGUAUGGAUUUUAGAGGUUUGGUCUAAAAACGGGUGUGAAAAAUAACAUUUUUUGGUCUGAGAUAGGGUCAGGAUUUGGAGAGCCAGACAGGACAUCCCCACCAAGAAUUCCCAGGAGCACCCUCCCCCCUCCCUCCCCCCCCCCCCACCCAGGAAAAAAAAAAUAAAACAAAUACUUCUUUUUUUUUUUUUUUGGGGACUGCAAAAUGCCCUGCCGGCCAAACCAGCAGAAAGCGAAUCUAGAUCGGGUAAGUGGGGCCGGCUUACACUAGAAAGGUUUAAAAAAUUGCUUUGUGCGUUGGGGGGGGGGGGGUUGUGGUUUCGGCCGGUGCUCUUUCAAAUUGUGGUAAAAAAAAAAUUUUUUGGGGCUAGAAAGGGGUAGGAUUUUGGGAGCCCAACAAGACAACCCCCCCAAAAAAUCCCCGGAGCCCCCCCCCCCCCCCCCCCCCCCCCCCCCCCACCAAGGAAAAUAAUAAUAUAACUAAUACUUCUUCUUUGUGUUUUUCGGUAGAUGCAAAAUGCCAUGCAGGUCAAACCAGCAGAAAGCGAAUCUAGAUCUGGUAAGUGGGGCCUGCAUAACAUAGAAUUGUUUAAAAUAUUGCAUUGUGCAUUGGGGGAGGGAGGGUUGUAGAUUACAAACCAGAGUAAACAAAAGUAUUCAAAUGCAAUAUAUUACCAGGCUCCUUUUAUAGUCAGUCCUAAAUUACCUCAGCUACGCAAUUAUCUUGACUUUAUUCUCUGGUCCCUUGUUUCAUGAAUAUUAACUCUUUAACCCUAAUAUCAAAAUGUAAAUUUCCAUUUCCUGUUCUGAUAGUGGGGAGAAAAAAAUUGUUAAAGUGUUUUAAAAUAAAAUUUGUCUUGUGUUAUUAUCUCCUUAACUUUCAUGACCACCUUGCUUUCUUUUCGUAGCUGCAUAAUUUGUGUUUUGAACUGUGUGGAUCUUCUCUGUAUUUAUUGCUCAUAUCAUUGUUGAUAUUUCUCUCUCAGAGGACCGUAAACUGUUUAUUGGUAUGAUAUCUAAAAAAGCAACAGAGGAUGAUCUUAGAAUGAUGUUCUCGCCAUACGGAACUAUAGAAGAGCUGACAAUUUUAAGAGAUAGUGAUGGCAAAAGUAAAGGUUUGUAUUCUUUGUACUCAACUCACAAACAAACCUGUAACAAACAGGUUUUAUAAAUAAUAAGGAAUCAUAAGACCUUAUUCACACCAUCCACCAUCUUUGAGUGCACUGUGUGGCUGUCAAGUUUGUUUAUUGUCAUAAAAUAAGAUGACUAUUUUUUUAAAAUAAACAGUUUUGACAAGUUUUACCUCAUUGUCACUUGCUCUGAGGACAUGUACAGUUGUUACAGCUAUUUAAAAAAGCAAAAAUGAUCACUUCCACCCAUAAUUUUCCAUUAUUAUCUUUAAGAUAAAAAGUUCUUCAUUUUCUGUUGUCUAAAUUAACAAACUCGACUGCGAUUUCCUGUAUUGGCAUUUUUUAUCACUUGUUUGCCCUCUGAGAAACCACGUGACAUUUGUUUUAUCCCAUUGGUCCUUAAGCGCAUGCAAAGAUGCCAGGUAUCAUGAAUAAGGUGUGCAGUGAAAACACCUUUCUUCCAGUUUGGAGAUCUGAUUUCUUUACUGUUGAAACUGUGCAAAAAGCCACCUCUAUGAACAGCUGCAAAAUGUUGUCUGGCCAGAAGCUCAUUUAUUUACUCUCCUCCAGAGAACAGCCACUCCUUCACAACGGUGAUUAGGGCUUAAAACAAACUAGGGGGGUACUUGGGAUAAUUUUUGCUGGGUAUAUGCCGCUGGCCUCUCACCGCCCCUACCCCAUUAUAGUCUUUUCUGUGGCCAAUUAUAGACCCCAUCUUAGUCACUUUUGGGCAAAUAUGUAAUUUUGCAAUCCAAAUAUAUUUCCCUAAAGAAUGAGUUGAGAGAAUUUAGUAAAAGAUCAAAGCAUUUUCUUUUAGCUGAUCAUUUUAUUAAUUCUCAUAAUGUAAUCUCUUGACAAUCUAUGGAUAUUGUCAGGAGAAAAUUGAUGUUGGUCACUGUUGGGACUUAAAGGGCUAACAAAUCAUCAAGUAAGAGGAGUAUGAAGUGGCCCCCAGUAAUCAAAAUAUGAGAGCUGCUUGCCCAAAGAACAAGCUGGAAUUCAAGUUCUUUUAGAGCCCUGAUUGAUGGCCAGCAUUUCAUUAGCCCAAACACAGAAAAUGCACUUAAUAUAUCCUCUUCACAAAAGAAACAUGAGCUUGAUAAAAUGUAAGUCCUUUUUCCGAGGCCCAUGUGCACUAUUGAGAUUUGAACUUUGUGAUAAAAUUUCAGGGCAAAACCUUAUCACCUUUUUGGUUCAGUAAUGAAUGGGUGAAUUAUAGCAGAUUUUAUUCACAAGCAUAAUACACAUGGUAUUGUAAGAAGAAUGUACUUUUUUAUCUCUUUAUCAGAAGUCACAUGGGCUUUAUUAAUACCAUGAGUAGAAGAUUCAUAUAAUCAUUAGUUUAUCAAGGGAGUAUUACAGCCAAUUCUCUACCAAGCAGUCACCUCUGUCAUCUUGAUUAUGGCCAGAGGGUAGUGGAGGAAAAAUUGUGAAAUAGAGCCAGUGUAACUAUAACUAUGUUCUGUUUAGGUUGUGCCUUUUUAAAAUUUCCAACCAGAAUGCAGGCUCAAAAUGCCAUUGCAGAGAUGCAUAACAGUACAACAAUGGAGGUUUGUCAUUAAAUAUCAUUUGCUCUGUCAACACACAUGUAACGAGUAUCUUCUCCUGAGUGUUUUCCAUAGUUUAUUAAGACUAGAGUUACAGUCAUUGCUUGUGUUUGUUUUCUUUGAUAAAUCUUGUCAAUAAACUUUUAAAAGCAUGCAUAUAGGUUGUGUCGGCGCUCUGGCUGUGGUGCGGGAAAAGGAAGGAGAGAUUGCAGCUACGUCCCUAGAAUUUUUAAUUCCAUUGCCAAUUCCCCUAUGGCUCCCCUUCGACUGAACUGUCAGAUUUCUUUCAAUCAGCAUGAAGUGGAAAUGAGCGCGACUGUAAACAAGCAUUGCAAAACGCAUGCCAAGGGUAAUGAUGUCAUUACUAUCAGCAUUUCGCACUGACUUUUUCAAUACAGAUAGUCAAAUUCCAGGGACGUAGUUGCAAGCACUCCUUCCUUUUCCCACCCCACCGCAAGAGGGCCCCGGAGAGCUUGCUGUAGGUGGUAGGAGACUCCAUUAACUGGCUCAAUACCUGCUUUAGGUAUCAUAUCUGUGCACUUACUUACCAAAACAUUGUCUUCUUAAUCAAAACUAUAACAAAAUUCUCUAAUCUGAUUGGCUGUCAGGAGCCCUGAUUUCUGCAGCUUUAACUGAACAGACAAUUCGCACCAUUACGUGCAUGCACUUGAAUAGAUUUUUUCACGUCUAGCAAUAACCUCUCAGAAGAUUUUGUGUUAUGAUUUAGAAAUGCGUGUAACCUUAAAUUUUCACAAAUUUGGUAUUGUGAGACUUGGAUAGUAACCAAUGAAAUAGCAAUAAAGUAGCUACAGUGACAAUUGUGUCAGCAGACACUCUCAAGAGCAUCAAUACUGUCUGCUCAACAAAUGUGUUCACUAAAUGCAGGUUUUUCACAGACAAUAAUGUAAAGGAGAGUGCAAAGCUUCCAACACCUGUGUCUGCUUAAAAUUUGGUCUGCUGAAAUAACCCAUUUUAAAUGUCAAACUUGGCGUUUGCCAAAUUUAAUGCUAAUGAUGAAGAUCGGUCAUUUUCACUCAUUUUAAAACGGACCUAAGAGUAACCAGCAACACAUGUAUCAUUGACUUAGUGACACUGCUCUAUUGGACAUUAUGGUCAUGAGAAAAAGGAAACAAUCAGCAAGAAGUGAAUCAGGAUUGUUUAACAAAUUCUCCCAAACAGCACCUGCCAUAAGAAAUGUAUAGACCACAAUGGGAGAAUAUGUUUUCUGAUAUUGUGGAUUUUAAAUGUGUUAAUGCGGGUUUCACUGUCCUCUUUUUGCAGGGGUGUCCAUCACCAAUAGUUGUUAAGUUUGCAGAUACAGAAAAAGAAAAACUUCAAAAGAAAAUGCAACAGAUGGUUACCCUAGGUGGCAUGAGUAUGAACAUGCUAGGAAUGGGCUUCCCUUACUUUCAGCACUCCAAUUAUAACACAGCUUGCCAACAGGUAAAAAAUUUAUUACAUGUUAUGUGUUGAUAUCAGCAAGAUAACCCUUACCAAAAUUAAGUAUACUAUAAGUAUCUUUUUUUCAUAUUCCAGGUAUACUGCAAAUAAUAUACAAAAAGUAUACUUUACAUAGCUGCUAAAAGUAGAGUUUAAGUAUACUUGUUUCCACCUGAUAUUGGAACACACAAAAGUCUUCCUUGAGUUUACUUAGGGCUGGUUUCCACUAGCAAUGGAGUCAGAGUCUUAACUGUAAGCAGAGUCGUAAGAACUCUCAUUAUCUUGUGAAAAUCAAAAAUAGCAGUCAUAAGCGUUACUUAUCCUAUAUUACAAUACUUAUCCUACAUUAUUUGUAAUUCAUUUUCUAUUAUUGUGUGGCAAAUAAGAUAAAAUAACUAUAGCUUAUUUUUAAACCUUGAACUUGACUGAAACAGUUGAGUUUCUCUUGCUCACAUUAAAUUAUCAUCAGUUUCUUCAACAGCAAGCUAAUUCACCUUCAACGUUACCUGGAAGCUUCAACAUGAUCCCUGGAAUGACUGGUCCAGGUAAGCCUUCUAACUACACAAUGCAGAAGGAAGAGGGAGGGUGGCACUAGUCUGCUUGUGGCCAAAGUUCAGUGCUUGUGUAGAACAUCCUGUUAGUUACCAGUUUUUUCUCAUGUAGAGUUGGUGUCUUGUAGGUAAAAACCAUUCUUUGUUUAGGCCAGAAUUCCCUUUCUCUUAUGAAUAAGGAGCUCAAGUACUGACAACAGCGAUGGCAAUGAGAAUGGCCAAAAAGAAAUACGUUUAGAUUAGCAAAACAACAGCUUUGCAUGUGCUGCACGCUUUUUUUGUACAUUCCUUUGCCAUCAUUGCACAACUAAAACGUGAAAGUGCCUAAAUUCACGUUUUGUCCAGGAUGGGAACACAAGACAACAGCUUUCUUUUUCUUUUUUUCUGAACUUUGAUACAGUCCUUUAGAAUUCAACUCCAAAAACAUUUGCCAACAUUUCACAAAGUAAAUGAGAUCGAAUAUUAACAUGAUAAAGUUUGAAGCAUCACCAUAUCACUUUUUAAGUGACGCUUUGUAGCUGUUGCCGUCGUUGUUGCUUAAGCUCCCUAAUCAUGAGGGCUAGAAAAAGAAAUAGGGCUAGAAAUUCUGGAUCAAACUAGGCUGACUAAGAAUGGAUUUUACUUACAAAAAGGUACUCCUUAAGUAAUGAAUAAAUAAGCUUGACCCUUUUUGAAAGCUAGCCUAGGGUCAUGUGUUUUGAUAAUUAACUGUAGAUAUGAUUUUCAAAAUCAAUUUUUAUCUGUUUUCUAAUGGAACAAAAACUAUAUGUAAUCUGCCAGUUUGUUAGCGAGAGUAAGACAUUAGUUGUUGGUGUUACUAGGUUACUUAGAUCACAUAGUAAGUUUUACAUUUUGUGAGUGAAGUUUACUUAGUUUGCGUUUUACCUCAACCAAACAUAUGUUUUACUUUUGGUCAGUUCAUACGAUAAUGCUCUUUGUUUGUCACCCCAAAAUUUGCAGGAGCAUUAUUUUCAGUUUCUCUUGGGGCCAUUUUAACUCCCAAGAGAAACUGAAGACAAUGCUUAUGUAAAAUUUUGGAUGACAAACAAAGAGCAUUAUGGCAUGUUAUGACAUUUUCUGGAGUGGUCAAUUGUUUUUGAUAUGUUGUUGUUGUUGUUGUUUUUUUUUUUUUAACAAGUGCCCAUUUAACUCAAUUAUGUUUAUAAAGGCGUAUGCCACCAGUUUUUUAACCCUCUAAGCCCCAACAUCCAUAUGCCAGUUUCUCCAAACUGAUUUCCAUACAUUUACUUAAAGAAGUAGUUGAGAGAAUUUGAUAACAGAUCAAAGCACUUUCCCUUUGGUGAUCACUUUAUUAAUUCUCAAAACUCUUUGUUCUCCUGAUUAUGUAUUGGCAUUGUUAGAAGAAUAUUGAUGCUGAUUACUCUUGUAAACACCGAUGUUUUGUGUGUGUUUCAGUAGUAGCCCCUGGAACCAUGGGUGCCUUGGUAGCUGCCUCAGUCUUAGCCGCUCAACAACAACAGCAACAGCAUCAAGCAGUUCAACAGGCAUCAUCAUCACAAAAUAACAUCAUGGGUGGAACAGGUGCCUUGGUUAACAGUAGCGCUGUUUCCACCAGCGGUGCUACCAAUACGUCUUCAAUGAUGGGAGUGCAGGGAGUCCCAGGCAUGACAGGCAUUGGUGAGUAGCCAUUCCUGUACUGCUACCCAGAGGUACAGGGUGCCAAGGUAGUCAGUUUUACAGCUUGCCAUGCAGGCAAGCUGUAGCUGGCAUGUACAGUACUAGCAUACGAGUCAUUUUAAUUGGCCCGAAAAAAUUUUAGGACAAGCAGGAUUAAUUACAGUUCUUCUGUAAUUUGAAUUCCCUAAAAAAAUUCACUUGCCCAUUGGUCAAUUUGAUAACAGAAUUCACUGGCCCAAUAGCAAAAUUCAUUAGUCCUGGGCUAUCGGAUACGACUUUCUUUGCACUCUAAGGUACUGUCAAACAUUUGCCUCAUGGGGGCCGAAUGAGGUCUGACGUGUUAUGUUUCUUUAGAUGACAUCAACAGACAGUAUGUUGCAUUAGGCUGCCCAGGGUAGUGCAUUUUCAAAACCUCCCUUUACACUGUACAUUAAAAACGCUCUACCCAUACUAGCAUUUUCACAUUGUUGUUAUUUGAGUCAAAUGGCCUUACUAAGCCAUCUUUUCUUCCCAGGCUAUUCUCAGACGUGUACCAAACUCUGCUCUAUACCUGUCAUUGUUAGGAUUAAAAGCUUUGUCAUGCAUGAGUGGCUAUGCAGUCAGCCCAUCAGCAUUUCCCAAAACCUUUGUUUUGCCCGACCACUUCUAGACCAUAGACCUCCCCUUUUAAAAGUCUCCACGUUUAGUAGUGUCUCUUGUGAACUUUUUGGUUUAGUUUUCAAACAAAAACAUACUCUUGUUAAAUGACUUUAACUAAACUGUGACUUCACUCCUCAGGUAUGAACAUGUCUGGGAUGGGAGUUGGUAACCUUAGCAAUAUGGGAACCAGUCCACUUGGAAUGGGAAUUCCUGGCCUUGGCAAUGUGGCUGCUGUUACUAGUGUGGGCAACAACUUACAGACUGGAGAUGCUCUUACACAAGCUUACUCUGGAAUACAACAGUACAAUGGUAAGUAUGAUGUUUUUUGCACCAGGAUGGCAUGAAACCGGGGGAGGGGGGGGUUAGGUCGUGUCUGUUCUUUUGAUUUCCAGUUUAGUGCCUUCAAAGUUGAAUAAAGUUAUAUUCUUUCCAUGUCAUGCAGCUGAGUUGAUAAAGUUAAUUUUUCAAGGAUUCAAAAGCUGACUUUUCAAGUUGCAGCCCUUUUGAGCUCUUACAUGUAUCCUUCCACAGAAGGGCUGGUACUUUGAAGAAGGGCUUGUGUUCUAACAAAGGGCUUGCACUCAAAACGUCUGCCACUGGGGCUACAACAAUCAAUACUUCUACAGCAUUACUCCAGCUAUUAUAUACUGAUGCUUAGUUUGGUUACACUUUCAGCAACAUUUCCUAAUGUUUAUGGUCCAGCAAUAUUCCAACAGCAACAACUACAACGACAGCCACAAAAGGAAGGUAAGAUGUAUGUAAUCAAAUCUCCAGGGAAUGGUUGUAUUCUUGCCCUUAACAUCGCAACCACUUCUUCGAUUUUUCAAUGGCAGUCAUCACAGACUCUUCUGGGAUAUGGGGCCUUCAAAUUGCAACUUUCCAUGAGGGAAAGUUAACAAGACCUACCACAAUGAACAACAUAAACCAAGCAGUUUCAUUUGCUACAAAACAAAAGGCUUGGAAUCUAGACUACACAGCGUGCAAAGAAAGUAGUGUCCGAUAGCCUGGGGCUAGUGGAUUUUGCUAUCAGGCUAGUGAAUUCUGUUUUUAACUUGCAUGACAGGCAAGUGGUGUUUUUGAGGAAUUCAAAUAACAGAAGAACUGCCAAAUCAAUUCUGCUCGUCAAAACGCUUUUGGGGCUAGAUGAAAUGACGUCUGGGCUAGUAAAUGCUAUCUUCAGUUUGCUUGAAUGGCAAGCUGCAAAAGUGAUUUUCUUUGCACCCUGCUACAGACAAAAGGCUACAAACAAAAGGCUUGGACUUAGCCAUUAUUGGUUAUAACAUGUUGUAGAAUUUAGUGAACAGAGAAUAAGAGUAGCUUCCAUUUUCAUUCUUAAAUUUAAAUAUGCCAAGACUCCAGUGUAACAAAAAAAACAUCAACAGAUCUUUUCACCAUUUUCUGAUCAAUCAAUGUUUUUGUUUCUUGUCAGGUCCUGAGGGAGCCAAUUUAUUUAUUUAUCACUUACCACCAGAAUUUACUGAUGCCGAUCUCAUGCAGACAUUCUUGCCGUUUGGCGCAAUAGUAAGCGCUAAAGUGUUUAUAGACAAAGCUACAAAUUUAAGCAAAUGUUUUGGUAAGUGAUAAUCAAUUGAGUUAGUAGCAAUGUAGUUUUGUCACAGUGUCCUAGAAUUUAGAAAAGUAAAAGCAUGUAAACCAUUAUGCAUAACAACUUUGGACAUAAAAUGGCAAGCAGCUUUUGUAUUUUUAAGGUCGUCUGCCACAUGGGAAAAAGCUUAAGGCCUGCACAAUCCCCACAGGGUUUGCACUCACCUUGAAAGUCAUUGAAAGUCCUUAAAUUGUAAAAUAAAAAAACAAGCCCUUGAAAAUCCUUGAAAUUGCAGUCGGUGCUGGAAAGUCCUGGAAUUUCAGCGCUAACUUUGUCCAACCAGGAUUCUCCAGUACCUACAAGGAGCAAACACAGAACUGAGACCUGCUCAUGUUGUGGAAGAACUAAAAAAGACAUAUACUCAAGGCUCUUUUUUGCACUGAAUGGAGUCCUUGAAAAUGGGAAAUGGGAAAUGUGUCCUUGAAAGUCCUUGAAAUAUCUUUGAAUUUUUUUGUUGAAAAAAGGGUAUGAACCCUACGCCCAGUUCAAGGGGCUGGAGGUGUACUCCCACUUCUCUGUGAACUGGAUUCUAGUCUAUCACAGGGUUAAACACCCAGUAUAACACUCUACUCCUGUUAUGUUCUUGUCUAUUUAACUCUUUCAUUGCCAAAGGUGGCCAAAGUUUCAUUUUCUAAAAUGCUGGAAAACAAAUGGUACCAUGUGAAAGUACUACCCUAGAGGUUUCAUUUGAAUGGUCACACCACAGGAUAUUUUGCACAGACUCAAAAGUUAGAACAACUUUAUCAGACUACAUUACUCCCUCUGGCAGUGCUUAGUGGUGAGGGACAGUUUUAAGCAAUGCUUUGGUGCAAGCAAGACUUCUGUGGAGCAAUGCAGUGGCGCAACCUAGACUUCAACCACGGACAUGACAAACUGAAUCUGUAGAGGGUGUAUUGCGUUACUUGCCUUGCCUCAUGGUGUUCUGCGUUUGGAUAUUUGCUUGACAGGCAAUUUAACCGUUGUGAUGUCUUUAAAUUUCAUAGGUUUUGUAAGUUAUGAGAAUCCAGGUUCAGCUCAAGGUGCUAUUCAGGCUAUGCAUGGAUUUCAGAUUGGCACCAAGAGACUCAAGGUACAACUCAAGAGGCCCAAGGAUGCAAACAGACCCUACUGA